AUGAAGAAUGAAUUAGAUAUUCCACAACCACCAGAUCAAACCAAUCCUAUUCCAGUUCAAGAUCCAGUUGCUCCAAAGAGUGCUUUCAGCUCGUUGCCUUUGUAUUACUACAUGAUUCCAGAAUGGCUUACAUUUCAAGCCAUUGUUAAUAACAUAAUGGCUUUCACACCCAUUUUUUCCUAUGGUUCAACUAUAUUGAGCAUAAUAAAACAGGACUCUUCAAUAGGCUUCUCGAUAGAUAUUUGUUGCACGAUGCUAGUCGCGAGUAUUUUGAGAAUAAAUUAUUAUUUUAUUGAAUCCUUUGAGAUUACGCUAUUGAGGCAAUCAUGCUCCAUGAUAUUCAUCCAAUGUAUUUUGUUGUAUGUAAGUUUAUACUACAAAUUAAAUAAAGAUGUAAAAAUAAUAACUUUGCACAAUCACAACUCAAUUUAUCAUCAAAAAUAUCUUUACACUAACUCUAACGAUUCAAAUGAAUUUUUAAAUUAUUUGCCAAUGAUAAUUAAUUUUUUUAAGAAAUCAUUUGAGUUUAGUUAUUUAUGUUUAAUUAUAAUUUUUCAAAAUUUUAUCAAUUUUUUUGAUCCGUAUUAUAAGAGAUCCUUUCAAUUUUGGCAAUGGGAAGCAGAAUAUAAAUACUGGCUAUUUAUUAUUCAGUUUACGAUUAUAAUUUCAUUUUCCACUUUUUUAUUUAAAGAUUCAAUUUUUUAUUCAAAUUUCAUUGGAAUAACCAACUUAUUAAUUGAAAGUUUAUUGCCUUUGCCUCAGAUAUUACUAUUAAAUAGAUUGAAAUCAGUCAAGGGAUUUAAAUCCAUUUUGUUGUUUAGUUGGUAUUGUGGUGAUUUAGUUAAAACCAGCUAUCUUUUAUUUGGAACUAAAAAAAUCAAUUCCUUUUUCAUUUUUUUCGCUUUUUUUCAAACAACUUUGGAUGUAAUAAUCGGUUUUCAAUUUAUAUAUUAUAAGUUCUUUUAUAAUACUGACAAUGAUUCCUUUAUACAAAAUCAAAGCUUCACCCAGAUAUUAAGAAACAGAAACAGAAAUAGAAAUAGAAACAAUUCCUUAACAACAAAUAUUAACAACACUAUCCAGAUGAUUAAUCUUGAAUUAACCGAGAAGAAAAUAACUCCAAGGCCCUCCCUCAAUCUUUCUUAA